AUGUCGCGCCUCGCAGAGUACCUCAACCUCGACGCGUACGAUAGCGCCUCGUCCUCUCGCUGGCCCAUCCUUCGCUACCUCCUUCGCCUCGACGUCCCUUCCUUGCAGGGGUCGGGCGAUGAUAGCCCUAACCCGCCCACCACAACCACAACGGAGACCACCGGGGAAGAGAAUAGUGCGCAAGAAGAGCACUAUUUCACACCCCGGCCUUCAAGUCCAGUCGAAGAACAAGCCGGAUCCGACUGGAUCGCGCUCGAAAAUACCAAAACCGACGCCUCGAUCCGCUUGAUCUCCGCGAACCCAGAGCAAAAGGCGUACUUCCAGAUCAUCACGAAUACGCCGCUCCCAUCUCCAUCUCCUCCUGCUUCUCCAUGCCGUGACAGGUCACCUGGAUCUGGUUCCCAUGGAUCCAAGUCUCGACCGCAGCCGCAGCGGUCUCAGAGCGAGGGUCGAGAUGGCUGGGUUGAUAUCCGGUCCUCAACUUCGAGAUUGGCUGGACCGAGCAGCAACCGUCGACGAACUCAAAGUCAAGUGACGGAAUCUCCAGAAGCCCGCCAGACGAGGCGGAAUGAUGAAUUGGCAAAUGAGAUUCUAGAUAUGUCGCUUGAAGAGAUUAGCGAUAUGAUGCAUCGGUCGAUUCGGGCGGUUGCUCAGCGUCAAGCUGAUGAAAGCUGA